AUGUCGGCCUCUAUAGAUGAGAUGCUCCCCGAGUCGGGGGUCUUUGUAAAUCCCCAGCAACGACUUCGCAGUAAUGGCGGAAAUGGCGCCUUCCACAACUUCUAUAACGACUACUCCCACAUUCAAGACCCCAACCUUCGAAGACGAUUAGCACUAUCAGAAAUAGACAAAGUUCCUUUUGGAAAGUACCAUGUACGUGCCGUCUUGGUAGCUGGCGUCGGCUUCUUCUUAGACUCUUAUGAUAUUUUCGCAAUUAACUUGAUUACUACACUCCUCGGUUUGGUUUUCUGGGGAGGUGGUGAUCCCUCCGAUGGGUAUGGAGGUAAUAAUGGCCUGUUGCCAGACCCAGUCAACCAGGCUCUGAAAGCUUCAACUAGCAGUGGCAUCAUCAUUGGACAGAUCCUAUUUGGAUGGAUGGCCGACGCUUAUGGCCGACGAAAAAUGUAUGGCUUUGAACUGGGUCUCAUCAUCUGGGGGACCUUCAGUUGCGCCAUGGUUAGUUCUAGUCCCGCCAUUAGUUCUACCGCUGUGAUGAUCUUUUGGAGAGUCGUAAUGGGCAUUGGAAUUGGAGGCGACUAUCCCCUUAGUUCAGUCAUUACCGCCGAGUUUGCUCCAACCAGAUGGCGAGGCGCCAUGGUAGCAGCGGUCUUUUCAAUGCAAGGAAUGGGCCAGCUUAUCUGUGCUAUGGUUGCGCUAAUAACCGCUGUUGGGUUCAAGUCCCACUACGUCAAUAUCCCAAAUGAGUCCUUGUGCGACAGUGCUUGUCGUCUAGCUGCUGACAGAUCCUGGAGAAUUAUUGUUGGUGUUGGCGCUAUCCCCGCCUGCCUUGCGCUCUAUUAUCGCAUCACUAUCCCUGAGACGCCUCGAUACACCUUCGAUGUGCAAUUCGAUGUGGAGAAGGCCGAUGCUGAUAUUCGGGCCUAUAUGUCAAGGAAAUCUAUAGACUCCGUCUCUGUCACUGGGGCAAGCCCUCUUGCAGCACAUCAUUUGCCCUCUCAGAAGCUAAACAUGCCCAAAGCUUCGUGGGGUGACCUCUAUGAAUACUUCAAGUCUUGGCGUCAUCUGAAGGUCCUCCUUGGCACUUCCCUCUCGUGGUUCUUCCUUGAUCUCGCAUUUUAUGGUCUCGGCCUCAACAACACUAUUGUUCUUCAUGCCAUUGGACACGCUGACGGCUCAAAUCUUCACCAAAAGCUGUUCAACCAGGCUGUGGGUAUGAUUAUCUUGGCGUGCGCGGGCUCGAUACCUGGCUACUGGUUUGCCGUCUUCACCAUCGACACAUUUGGGCGCAAGUCACUCCAGAUCAUAGGCUUCCUCCUUCUUACAAUAGUAUUCGCCAUACUUGGAUUUAAACUCCGCGAUAUGGGGGAGAACACGCUCCUUGCACUCUACAUUGUUGGCCAGUUCUUAUUCAACGCUGGACCUAACACCACUACUUUCAUUGUGGCUGGUGAGUGCUUUCCCACACGCUACCGUUCGACGGCGCAUGGUCUAUCCGCAGCCAUGGGGAAACUUGGUGCCAUCAUUGCACAAGUCAUCAGUAUCCCGAUGCUUAACAAAGACUCUCCUCCAAACUGCAAGGGUAACGCCUGUUCUCCGCACCUCGACAAGCUUCUCCAAAUGUUUGCUCUCUUCAUGUUGCUCGGAACAUUGGUCUCCUUCCUCAUUCCGGAAACAAAGGGCUACACUCUGGAGGAACUCGCCGGUGAACCGCGCACCAGCUAUAACGCUGGCCGCAACGGUAGCAUCAGCUUCGGCACUAACAGCCAUCGCCCUUCAUGGAACCCGUUCGGUGGAGGCCAGCCCGCAGGAUUCUUCUAUCCUCGCUCCAAGGAGACUGUAUUCACCACCAACGAUGCCCGUAAUAGCAGUGGUAACAACGACCGUCACCGCAGGCCGUCUCACAGUACUAUCACAAAGCUGCCCCGUACUCUCGACAGCAUCCGCCAACGCAGAUCACAUCUUUGGUGGAGGAGACGGAGAAGCCAGCAUGAUGCGGGCAGGAAUGAGGAAAUUACUCUUAGCAGCCGCAGCUCCUCUAAUGUCAGUCACCAGCACCACAAUGUUGGCGUCGUGCCCGAGGAAACAAGCCCCAUGUCUUCGCCUGCGGUACCUCCCGCACUUUCUCCAAUCACUCCAGUGCAACAGCAGGCUGUGCCAACUUGGGGUGCAGGCUGGGGACGCAUCGAUCGAGGAAGACGACCUCCUCAGAUCGAUGAGGUACAACUGCAAGAUGUCGGGUCUCUGCUCAACAAGAGUGUGUAA